AUGUCGCUCUCUCUCUCUCUCUCUCGCAUGCAUGUCGCUCUCUCUCUCUCUCUCGCAUGCACACACUUAACAACUGGAUAUCAGAUCAUUAUGCAUUUAAAGACCUUUUUAUUAUUGUCGGUAUUCUUUACCGUUCUUUUUUACGAAUGCUUAUUUGUGGAAGCAAAAUAUGAUGAAGACUGCUUAGCUAGGGUUGGCCGUAGUUCGGCUACGCAAAUUGAUACCUGUAAAGAUGACGCCUGUAGGGAUAAGUGGUACAAAGUCUUUCUCUUGCUCACAAAGCAUUGCGCGAGAUUUGAAUAUAAACUGUGUUACCUAAGACAAGAGGGGGGAUUUAGUCAGAACUGUAUGUCACAGGUUGGUACUGAAUUCUACAAUUUGCAAGACUGUGAAUCGAAUCCAGGAGACAGUGAAGGAUAUGUAAGAAAACAAUGCAUACCUUAUAACGAUGAUUGCCAUAAAGUAAUAUGUGGUUGA